AAGGGAAGCAAAGUGCUGGAGAGAGAGAGAGAGAGAAAGCGAAAGAGAGAGAGAAUGAGAGAGAGAGUGAGAGAGGAGCAAGAGAGAGAAAAGGAAGAGGGAAAGAGAGAGAGUGUGCGAGAGAGAGAAACGUCCACUCCUCCAAGCCUGCAAUCACAGACGGCUGCUCACACUUCUCUUCUCUCCGUUCGACAGGAGACAGGGCUGAGCGCUCCCGCAUCCUGGCGGCCGGUGGAGAGGACAGACCAGGCUCAGUGUCCCCCCUUCCUCACCUCCUCCUCCUCCUCCUCCUCCUCCUCCUCCGCUCACCUUUAAAUCACCGAGUCUGGCGCAAGAGCCCGGGAUUUCCCCAGAGGAGCAGCGGGAGACACAAAACAGGAACACGAGAUGUUCGCCGACACUGAAUGAGCAGAGCGAGAAAGAAAGAGAGAGAGAGAGAGAGAGAGAAAAGGAGAGUGCCAGAGAGGGGGAGAGCUCGCCCUCACAAUGCUGCGUCUGAGCGCUGGUGCCUGGGGCUGAUCUGGGCUCGGGUUCGACAGUGACAGCGGAGCUCCCGCGCGCCGGGAUGAGAGAGCUGGGAGCGCGGUUCCUCCACUGAUCCGUCUGCGCCGCCCGACGAAACCACGCCCACCCCCCCCCUGGCCCCCCCCCCUCCUCCGCCGGCCACUGGGGCACUAUGUGGAUGUUUUUCACGGCCGCCGUGUGGAUCGCGGGCGCGCUGGCUCUCGCUCGCGGCUACGGCUUCGGACAGGACUACUACGAGGCCGCCGGGGACGCGGAGGAUACAGAGCUUGGCAGUGUGGGAGAGAGCCGCCUGGACGGGGUGACCAGCGUGGACGAGCUCCUGGAGAUGCUUUACCCCGAAUACAGCCUGGUCCAGCACUGCCUGCGCAAGAGGGCGCCCACCACCCCCUACCCGCCCGGCCCAAAGGAGGGCCUGUGGGGCAGCCCCCUCCAGGCCGCCCACUACAAGGUCGACGGGACCUUAGAAGCCAUCAUGGAGGAGAUGCAGCGUGUGGCCUGUCGCCCACGGGAGGUGUGUCUGGAGGUGUCCAAGGAGUACCUCAGAUUCUGCACCAACACCAGUCAGAGCCUGGUCAACAAGACCCUGGUUCAGCUGUCCCCACCGCAGUCGGAGCGCACUGUGAUCAUGGCAACCUUUGUCAACCACACGGCCUGCGAGUGUCAGCCCAAGAGACCGCUCCGCCCCAUCAUACGGAGAGCGGCCGCCUUCCACCACUCCCUGUGUUCUCCCCCAGACACCCCCUGUGACGUGGGGCUGGUCUGGGAUCCCACAGGUUGUCAGUGUGUAUCCGAAGACGAGAGCGCUCUGUCCGCAGCUGAGCUGGACCCCCUGGACGCCGCCCUGCUGGCCCUCUGUGGCCCCAGCAAGGUCCUGGACGAGGAGCGGUGCGAGUGCGUGUGCCAGAACGGGCUGACGGAGGCCAGCUGUGGGCCGGGGUGGCGGCUGGACGAGGCGGCCUGCGAGUGCGUGUGCGAGGGCCAGCCGGCCCCCGGGGCCUGCCCGCCCAACCAGCGCUGGGACCCUGAGCUGUGCGGCUGCGUCUGCAGCGCCAGCUGCCCCCGCAGCCAGCCCCUCAACCCCGAGACCUGCCUGUGCCAGUGCCGGGAGAGCUCCCAGACGUGCCUGCUGCAGGGCAAGAAGUUCAACCCCCAGACCUGCAGCUGCUAUCGGCUGCCCUGCAGGAAUCCGCACAGGAAGUGCCCCACAGGCUUCUAUUACAGCCACUAUGUCUGUCACUGUGUCCCCAACUACAUGAGGUCGGGGGAGUGGAACUAAAGAAGAGGGGCCUGCGUCCAUCGCAUCAUUAUUUAUUUACUUUGACGGACACGGACCCGCUCGCAGUAUCCAGGGCGACGCAGGUUGUACAUAUUGCUCACCAAUACGGAUGGGAGCUGGAUUUUAACCCAAGCGGUUUGAGGUCGAGGGCCUCGCUGAAGGGCGACUACAGGAACAGCCUGUCCAGAAUCUGCCACCGCAGCCCUCCUUGUCACCCGACCCUGUUGCCUAGCAAUGCGACACGUGGUUUCCCUGGCGUCCGCAUCCUUGUGAGCAGUGCCAGGGCUGGUACUGCAGGGGUGAGAUGAACAUUGCCAUGGAAACCCUACAAAUUAAAAACAGGUCUGCUUGGGAGAAGGAUCAGGCAAUGCAGCAGAAACUUGUUUUUUUAACAUUAAUGGGGUAAGACAAAAGGGUCAUAAUGAGUGAGCCUUAUACGGUGACUCAAACAGUGUUUCAUUUAGCCACAGUCUCUUGAGGGACACUGCUUACAGAAAUAACUUACAGAAACAAAAGCAGAUAAAUCCAAGGACAGCAUACUUACCCACAGGUUUCACAAGGUGCUCAAAUACUGAAAAGAUUAACGGUUAGCUUGCUGAACUAAAGACCCAGGUCGAUGACACCAGGAACCAAUCACCUAUCAUCCUGGAUCGAGAGGAUGAUGUCACUUCCUGCAGCAUACUUGCAUCAGCUCCUGAAGUUGAUCACAUUGAGGUCCCAGGGCUCUUUCCAAUCGCUUAUUUUACAUCCCUGUAUCCUUUCCUCGCUGCUUUGCUCCACCCAUCAGAGGAUGCAAGGGAAGGACCUAAGGCCAGAGGAAACGAGAAAACAUAUAUUAGGCAAAUGGAACGUCCUUGUUCAGUCAAGCGUCAGAUUGAAGCCACGUCAGUUAUAAAACAUGGCAGAUGGGGAGGAAUGGAUCCACAGGUUGAUCAUUUAUACAUCAUGUGUUCUGAAAAAAAAUGCUUCCGUAAAGGAUUCACUUGUGUAUCCUUGCUCAAGCAUACUUCAGGAGCCUCCUAGCUUCUUCAUGAAGCAUUUAAUAAGAUGUCCUUAAAGAUGGUGGACCUGGAUCAAUUUCCGGGUCAGUCAAGGACUGAGGAGACAAAACAGGUAGAAUAAGUGAUUGGAAAGAGCCCCUGGUUUUCGCUGAAUGUACUUCACUUGAGGGUUACAGAACAGUUUAAUGUCACAGACUGCAGAUACUUUAAGUCAGAGGUGUUAAACUGAAUCCCAAGGGGGCCGCAGUGUCUGCAGAUUUUUUGUGGUUUCCUUUCAAUCAGCUGCCAAUUACAGCCUUGAGAACAAGGUGUGUGGAUUCCUUAGCCAAUCAUGAACUUAAAUGAAACACUGCCGAGAACACCCAAAAACCAGCAGACAUUGCAGCCCUCCAGGGCUGGAGUUAAACCCGCAGACACUGCGCCCCCUCCAGGGCUGGAGUUAAACCCGCAGACACUGCGCCCCCUCCAGGGCUGGAGUUAAACCCGCAGACACUGCGCCCCCUCCAGGGCUGGAGUUAGACACCUGUGCUUUAAGUGUUCUAUAUGUAGUUAAACAUGCUGCCUUUGUAAAACUUUGUCACAUAAUGUCAUGAUUUUGCAAAGUGACCGAAUGCAACCGUGUUUCACAACCUCAUUUAUAAGACUGUCAAACUAUGGUUUCACAAUAAGAUUCAAAUUGUACAUUUCCUGAAAUACCAUUUAUUUUAUUUUCAUUUUUCAUAUAAUUUUACUUGAUAAAUUAAAUUAAAUGUUCACUUAACAAACAAAAAAAAGUAUUUAGUAUGAAUAAUAUGCUACGGAAUGUAACCCUGGAAAUAAGACCAAAUAAAUGCAUAUUUAUUAAAAUAAAUGUUCCAUCAUCAACAAAUAA